AAAAAUGGAUUAAUAAGUAUAAGAGACAUAGAUGCAUUACGAAAUAAUUAUUAAUGAAGUGAUUAUCAAGUUAAAGAAAAAUUCAGAUAAAGGGUAAUUAUAAAUGAGCGAAUCUGAGAUCUAAACUUUUAAAGAUGUAUAAAUUUAGAAAAUACUUUUUAGCUUUGGUAAAGUAGUUUAAAAGCAAUUUAAGGCGGCUAAGAAAAUAGAUUGAAAACUAAACUGUCUCCUUAAAUAAAGCAAAAUAUUGAUAAGCCUAUCGAAUAAGAACCUGCUAUAGUUAAGAAAAUUAAAACUAAUGUAGAUACUUAAAUCAUAAAAAAAGUUUAUAUUCACCCUAUAUUUUAUCUUAGGAAGAAGCGGAUGUAGUGUUCACUGAUGACUCUGGGGAUGAAACUAGUUCUAAAGAAGAAGAAGCUGAGGAUUAGAAAGCAGCGAAAUAUUUGAAUUACCAAAUCUCAAAAAAUGAGAGUUUGAGAGAGAAAACCCUGUUUGACAAAAUCAGAGAGUUAGAUCAAUUAAAACAUCUUAUAAAAGUGGAAGAGGAGGAUGAUGGUGAGACAGAAGAACCAAGAGUAUUUGAUACAUAAGUCUAUGCAUAAAAAAUUAACACUGAAAAUGCAGUUAGUCGUAUUAGAGUAUUCUUAAAUUCCUUAUAUAGCCAAAUAAAUCUCAAAAAAUGAGUUUAGAGUAUGUUCUUAUCCGAGAAAAAAACAAUUAGGAAGCUAUAUAUCCGUAAGCUCAAUUGUUAUUUAAUUUUAAAACUAAUAAGAAAAAAAACUCUUAAUGA